CGCCCGCUCGCUUCCGGUCGCGAGCUGCUGAGGACUGUCUUGGGUCGCGAUGGCGCUUACCCUGAGCCUCUGGUUCGGCGGUCGUGUCCGGGCUGCUGUCGCUCGUUGUGGGUUCGCGACCCAGGGCGUGGCGGGACCGGGCCCGCUCAGCCGCGAGCCGGACCCCGAUUCCGACUGGGAGCCGGAGGAGCGGGCGCUCCAGGAGGUGGAGAGCACUCUGAAACGACAGAAAAAUGCAAUACGAUUCCAGAAAAUUCGAAGGCAAAUGGAGGCUCCCGGUGCGCCACCCAGAACACUGACGUGGGAAGCCAUAGAGCAGAUCCGGUAUUUACAUGAGGAAUUUGCAGAGUCCUGGUCGGUUCCCAGGUUGGCAGAAGGCUUUGAUGUCAGCACUGAUGUUAUCAGAAGGGUUUUAAAAAGUAAGUUUGUUCCCACUUUGGAGCAGAAACUGAAGCAGGAUCAGAAGGUCUUGAUAAAAGCUGGUUUCGCCCUGGCUUCUGGAGAUGAGCUGAAGUCACUCAGUGCAGGGCAUUCUGUUUCUGGCCUGCUGCCUCCAGGGGAUGAAGUUUCGUCUAAACAUCAGACUCACAGCACAGCAGGUGCACAGAAGAGCCAGAAAGAAAGGACUAAAAGAGAAAGCUUGCUGCCUGCCACUGCGGCCCCGGGCCAUCAGAGAAAGCGUGAGAAGCACACCACCAGCGAAUCGGAAGCCACCAGAAGAGCUGACGGUGACAGAGCGGCAAGUGUAGAGAAGCCGGGGGAGCUGAAGGCUGGGGAGCCACGUGACCAGAAUUUCACCAGCAAAGUCGUACAGAGGGGACGUGAGUUCUUUGACAGCAAUGGGAACUUUCUCUACAGAAUUUGAGCCUGGGCCUGACUUUCAGAGAUGCCUUCACACAGCUGAGCAAGUAGAUUUGCAGUUGCCAGCAUUCCUGCCGAUUUGGAAGAAAAAUUAAGGCUAGAAUGUGGGUGGAGGAGCUACUUGGCUAGAGUCAGACUUCUGGAGUAAGCCCCAUUGGACCCUGUGGAUCUAAAUACUCAUUCAUCCUUACUGCUUGCUCUCUCUGUUGAGAACAAGUAUUACAUGUCAUGAAUGUCUGUUACUGUGUUGGGAGGAAAUGGAAAGCCUGCCUCCUGACAUUUCUUUUUUGAUCACUAACUGUUCUCGCACAGUUUAAUCAGUUGGUUUCCUUAUGUGCAAAAUAAAGUGUAGCAGUUCGUU